AGCAGAGGGGAGGGAGAGAGAGAGAGAGGUAGAGCCACACACAACCAGGGAACCCCAUCAGCUGGAAGUCGAGUAACAUUACAACUCUCAGCAGCCUGAAAAACUACUACAUUAUACAAACAAAGAUUCAUAUCUUCUUUGAGGAUUUACCACUCGUCGGAUCACGGGAUUACUGCUCUCUAGCAUAUUAUUUUUUUCUAUUAUUCAACGGAGACUGUUGGCUGUUUUUUUAAGCAGGGGGGCAAACUGGCGAGAGGCGAGCAUGGAGUAUUUCAUGGUACCAGCUCAGAAGGUGCCCUCUUUGCAACAUUUCAGGAAAACGGAGAAAGAAGUGAUUGGAGGUCUUUGUAGUCUGGCCAACAUUCCUCUGACCCCAGAAACAGCCCGGGACCAAGAGAGGCGAAUUCGCAGAGAGAUUGCCAAUAGCAACGAACGUAGGCGUAUGCAGAGCAUCAAUUCUGGAUUCCAGUCUCUUAAAACACUCAUCCCACACAGUGAUGGAGAGAAGCUCAGUAAGGCUGCCAUCCUGCAACAGACAUCGGAUUACAUUUUUACUUUGGAACAGGAGAAGACGCGGCUAUUGCAGCAGAACAGUCAGCUCAAACGAAUCAUACAGGAGUUAAGUGGUUCCUCUCCCAAGAGGAGGCGUGCAGAGGAGAAAGAUGAAGGGAUUGGCUCACCAGACAUCCUGGAGGAGGAGAAGACUGAGGACUUAAGGAGGGAGAUGAUCGAGUUACGGCAGCAGCUGGAGAAAGAGCGCUCAAUCAGAAUGAUGCUAGAAGAUCAGGUGUACCCAGAGAAACUUAGGGCGCUCUCCCAGCAGGUACAGGAGCACCAGAGCCUUGUCCAUCUGCAGCAGCACAAGAUGGAGAGGGACGUUACUCCAGACCACAGCCCACAGGUGUCUGCCCCCUCUACCCCACCUGCACCAACACACCAUGCCACGGUCAUUGUCCCUGCACCUGUCCAGCCUUCCCAGCCCCAUCAUGUCACCGUGGUAACCAUGGGCCAGACAUCAGUAAUCAAUACAGUGUCCACAUCUCGGCAGAACCUGGACACCAUUGUUCAAGCAAUCCAGCACAUCGAGGGCACCCAGGGAAAGGGUUGUGCCGGCGAGGAAGAGCAGCGGAGGGCGGUCAUCGUCACUUCGGGUCGCGUCCAUUCUGACGCAGCAGGCUCAGACACAGCCUCAAACAGUGACGUGCCCGAUGACUGUUCACUCCCCUGAGUUAAUCCCUGACGUCUCGCACGCCAUACACUUAAACACAUGUACACAAACACACACAUACACAAAAGGCCCAAGCAGACAAGGGCUACAGGAGGCUUCAAACCUACAGCACUCUUGUUCAGUGGACAUUAUUAGGGCUGGUAGACAGAUUGAACCAAUCGUUUUGUUAUGUUUUUUGUUUCAGUACACAUGUUUUACCGUGGUAGGCAGCCCGAAUAGGUUUACACUUAGACACUCAUACGAGCAGUCUCUUCUGCGUCUUCCUCUCUGCUUGUCUUAACUUUCUUACCCCCCUAAUAUCUCACACACUCAUGUCUGUUCAUUAACUUGUGGAGAGGUUUUUAGAAUAACUAUUCCACUGACUGAUCUAUGAAUGCUCCGUAAAACUGGAUACUAGAAUGUCUGCUUAACUUCACAAUUAAUCACCGUGACUGUUCUCUUUAUUCGGCCCUGAAGUCAUCUGACUGAUGCACGAAACAGGAGACCAAGUCAAUGAAGAGCCCAUCACCACCCAACACCAGAGCAUUUUCAUUUUAGAUGAACCUCUUUUAAACCUUUUUCUCUGAGUUAUCUCAGACAUUGUGAGCUUACAAAGCUGUCUCACAUAAUUACCUUUUUUAGGUUUCUGGAUAAGAGAACAUGAUGUUUUACUUGUGCGGAGAUCUGUUUUUAUGUUUUCUUUCUCUAAGGCUCCCUCAGCCAGCAAGUUAAAGUGAUUGUACUGGAAAAACACAAUUUAAAAGCUGUUUUCAUGGCUGACUGGUGCCCACAGAAAAUGAAGUGGAGCUCUGGAGAAGAGAGUGCGUUUACUGGUUCACAGCUCCUUUUUUUUUUUUUUUUAAUUGUCCGUUUGUUGCCAUUUUUACUGGGCUGGGUUCCCAGUAAUCCCACAUGUAUUUGGCAUGUUCUUCCUUUUGCUCAUGGCCUGACAAAAAAAGUUCAGUGCAUUUUUUUAUACCCUCCCAUAUUGAAUUUAAAAGCACCUGGCUAGGUAAAUAAGCUAAUCUGUGGAGAACUGAUUUCCACUGAUGUAUGUGUGUCCCAUACAACAUUUCAAAUCAGCAGUUAUCCCAGACUCUGGUAGUCUGCAACAGCACUGCAAUUACCUUGAAAUUAAGGCAUUUGAUGUGUGUAUGUGCACACAACACGCACACAUGCAUAUUCAACUGACAUACAAUCAUUUGUUUGCUCAUCUUAAGGGCUGGUUUUAGUAUGCCCUUAAUAGUGUAGUUAGUUGUCCUAAUGUUAGGACAUCUAUCAAAGCAGAGUCUACUUCAAAUAUGAGGAAAUUGCCCUGUGAAAUAGUUUAAAUGUGCCAUGGAGUUGACAUAUGUAUAUCCAUGCAUAGUUCAUAUGUGCUUUCUCGCACUUUUUGUUUAUCCUACCAUGCUAUUUACAUGUUUCUACUUGGAUCAUACUUUAAGUGUUUCUGCCUGGAGCUGUCGGUUGCCGGCGUUCAUACAUGUAGCUUGGAUCGAGGCAGCUUGCCUUACUAAUAGCCAGUGGGUGCAGGGAGGCACUGUGAAGCCAGCCUUAACAAAGCCACGAGGUCUGAGAGGCAAACCUGAACACUUGAUCUGGGUCGCUUGGUGGCCUGUGGGAUUGGUUUUCCUUUGCCUUUCCAAACAGGCUUGCAAACAGCCAGGUGUGUUGGAAUAUACAGCGUAUUUCCAGUUAUUUAGUCUAUUCUUUUUUGUUGUAUUGUGUUUGCCACAAACAGGGCAGUUAUACUUAUUACAUUCAAGCACUCCCCAGCUAUUCAAAAUGUAUCCGAAUACUGACAGCUGGUUAGACUUACAUGUAGACUUGCAACCGUUAGUGUGCACUACUCAAGCCAGAUUUCAGAUUCAUUGGGGAAGAACUUCUCAAUGAAAUGUUGACAUUCCAUACAUUUUAACACAUUUUUCCCCAUCAGGUUACUUUUCAAAAGUGAACCCUGGUCUAUUUAGAGAUUACAUUUAGUGCUUUUGACAUAUCAUUGCUAUUUUAUAAUCGCAUUUAGGGACAAACUCCUUAUUAUUAUUAUCCCCUGCAUCAAUGUAUAGAUGGAGCUUUGAACUGCUGGACAGAUAAUGUGUUCAAUUGAACGCAACUCAUCUAUCAUGAUUUAUGUCAUGGAAUUGCCCUUUAAAGAAAUAUUGAUGUCAGCUGCACUAAAAAGAGCAUCGUGUCUGUCAAAUCAUGGGACAUUUUUCCCUGUACUUGUCACUAUGGGCAGGGGAUUCAUAUAUGUUAAAACGUGUUUUGCAAGCCUUGCUUUUUGUAGAGCCCUUGCUUUUUUCUCUGAGUAUUUGCAUUUAUUCGUUUUCCGCUAGAAACCAGAACUGUUUUAUUUCCAAACGUGUUUUAAACUUUGUUCUGUGUGUUAGGAAAUGUUAAGUGGACAUAUCAGAUGAGUGGGGUGGGCCUGGGGAUAAUUAAAUAGGAGUCAAAAUUACAAAGCACUUACUGUACUAUACUGGAGUCCGCCUCUUUCUUUUGUAUAAAGGGGCAUCUCCUCAGAUAAAGCUCUUGGGGUUAUGAGUAAAAGCCGCACAGCUGUGUAUCCCCUUCUCCUUCAUGUCCAGACCUCCUACACGAUUGUCCUGUUUCACACUCACAUUUUUUUAAAUUUGCAAAAUCUUAUUAUUAUGCUGUCUUUUUUUCUAUUUUCAAUAUCUUUUGUGCCCCAUUACACAUUUCAUGGCUCCCUCCUCUCCCUUUCCAUUCGUCUGUUAUCUGUAACUUUUUUUGUAAGACCUGUCAGUGCAUAUGGUCGUCAAGAAGCUAUUUCGUGUUUUUUUGUUUGUUUUUUAAAGAAAUGUUUUGGGGAUAAAGAGGCUUGUGCCUUUGUAAAGACAGAAUAAUAAAGUUUGUACUUUGUUUUUUAUGCA